CAACAUAUACAACAAAGAUAAAAACCGCUGUUCACAGCUUCAGCGCAUCCAACGGCAUACCAGUUCACACAAGCAACAUGCAAUCGGUACUAGGAAAAGUCAUCGGCCCGAAGGAGAUCCACCCCGAGAACCUCAAUGGACGCGUCGCAGUCGUGACAGGUGGCGCACUCGGUAUUGGGUGUGUACUGCCCUACUCCUGACCACAUCCGAACUAACAAUGUGAUAGAUAUGAAGUCAGCCGCGCGCUCGCCCUUGCCGGCGUGAAAGUUAUCAUGGUGAACCGCAAAGAAGAGCAAGGAACCGACGCCAUCGAGACCAUCAAGAAAGAGAAGGCAGAUGCACAAGUUGAGUGGAAGCAUUGCGACAUGGGCAACCUGAACGAAGUGAAGAGCGCAUUCACCGAGAUCCGGAACUCACUAGACCGCCUCGACUUCUUGGUCCUCUCGGCGGGUAUCAACACCAACCAGUACGGCACAGAUCACGACGGAAUCGAUCGCCAUUUUGGUGUCAACUGGCUCGGUCACUUCUACGUGUGCAAUCAGCUGUGGCCUUUGCUCCGCAGGACAGGAAAGUUAGGCGAGAAGCCUGCUCCGAGAGUGGUGUUUGAGGCGAGUGAGAUGCAUCGCGGUGCGCCGCCGAACGUGCACUUUGGCAGUCUGGAGGAGCUGAACAACCCUGAUAUUGGACCCACACAACUCUACGGACGCACCAAGCUGGCUAUGAUCCUGGGUGCCAAGUACGGGCUGAGAGACCAUGUCAUCAAGCCUAACAGUGACAACAUCUACGCCUUGAGUGUGCACCCUGGUGCGGUCAAUACAGCAAUGCAGCAGCAGUGGAAAGACGCUUACCCUGGCAUCACCGGCGUCAUUCUCACCAAUGCCAUGCUCUUUGCCGGUCGUUCACCAGAGCAGGGUUCCUACAGUGCGCUGUGGGCACUGACCGACCCAUCCAUCGAAGAGAAAGACCUCAACGGUUACUACUUCGCAGACCCUGGGCAGCCAGGAAAAGAGACUGCGCAGGCGAGUGACCCAGCACUUGGCGCUGCGCUGUGGGAUCUGAGUACGCGACUUGUAAAGGAGAAGGUUGGUGAGGACGCUUUGCUGGACUGGAACGCGGAGGGGAAGCAGAACUAAGUGAAUGAAAGCAAGCACACUUUGUUAGUAACAGACGUUUAGAUGAGAUACCUCUAAUGAUCAAAUGAUGAC